UUGAUUUUGCCGCAUUUACUAGACGAACUGGUAACGUUUCACUAACAAUUUGCCCGUAACUGCUGUGCGCCAGAUGCAGCACCACCUCCUGGGCAAGUUCUGCGCCGUCCUGUGGCUGUGCCAAGCGGCGUUGGCGCAGGCGGCAGAGCGCACCUAUGUUGCAGCGGUGUACGAGCACAGCGUGGUGCUGAACCCGCGGCCCCGGGAGCCCAUCGGACGCCGAGCGGCCCUGGAGCACAUGCGACGGAACCUGGACAUGCUGGAGAAGCAGGCCGCCGCAGCCGGCCGACAGGGAGCUCAGAUCGUCGUCUUUCCAGAGGACGCCAUCCAUGGGUUCAACUACACCAGAGAGUCCAUCUCCGGCUACCUGGAGACGGUGCCGGACCCUGCCGCUGUGAGCUGGAGCCCGUGUUCUCAGCCAGACCGCUUCCCUGACACCGAGGUUUUGCGACGUCUCAGCUGCAUGGCCCAAAAGAACGUGCUCUACCUAGUGGCCAACAUGCCGGACCGGCAGGACUGCGACCCCCGUCUCGAUCCCCGCUGCCCCCCCGAUGGCCGGUACCAGUUCAACACCGACGUCGUCUUCAGCGCCAACGGCACCAUCGUGGCCAGGUACCACAAACAGAACCUGUACUUCGAGGCCGCGUUCGACGCGCCGCCCCAGUGCGAGCAUGUCACCUUUGACACGCCCUUCGCCGGCAAGUUCGGUGUCGUCACCUGCUUUGACAUCCUAUUCUACGAGCCUGCUGUGUCCCUCAUUGAGAAGUGGGGGGUGCGGCAGCUGGUGUACCCCACCGCCUGGAUGAACCAGCUCCCCCUGCUGGCGGCCGUGCAGUUCCAACGCGCCUUCUCCUUUGCCACUGGAGUGACCUUGCUGGCGGCCAACGUGCGGGCAGGGGCUCUGGGCAUGACAGGUAGUGGCAUUUUCACCCCCUGGCACACGGUAUACCAGCACAACACUGAGAAUGAGGAAGGUCAGCUGCUGCUGGCCACCAUUCCCAUACUGGACACCGAGACCAGCAGAACCAGCCAGGGAUGGCCAAGAGAGCCCUUCUCUGGAAACCCGCACUUAGAACCCCAGUUCUGCGAGGGAACCCAGGUCUGUGAGCAGGACCCUUUCCCCAUUACACCUACCCCUGCUAACAGCAGCAGCACUUUCCACUCCGUUAUGAUGUAUGACAACUUCACUCUGGUACCCUUAGAAGGUUCAGAGGGGAACCUGACUGUGUGUGACGGGCUGCUCUGCUGCCACCUACUGUUCAGGAGGUCAGGUGCACCCGGAGAGCUCUACGCCCUGGGCGCAUUCAGAGGCUUGCACGUCAUUCAUGGCACCUACGCCCUGGAGGUGUGUGCGCUGGUUAGGUGCCCGGGCCCCACUUUCACCAGCUGUGGGGGCGAGAUCAACCAUGCCAAUACACGUGUGGACUUCCGUCUGUGGGGCAACUUCACCACCAGAUACGUGUUCCCCAGUGUGCUAGGCAGUGGCAUGCAGCUGGAUAGACCGGACCGGCAUGGGCCGGAGGAAGGUGGCUUCUUCAUGAGCAAGGCCGGGAUGGCCAGCGGCCUGGUAACGGCCUGCCUGUACGGCAGAGUCUACCAUGAGGAUAGGCCUCCCUAACGUGUGCACGCGACUACUCAGUGGCGUUACCAGGAUGCCAGCCUGGUGGGCAUUUGGGGUAUGCUGGGUGGGCAACAAUGUUUGA